AUGGCUUCAAAUAGCCCGCAAUCCUUCCAGGUUAUUUCCUCCCUUCGCUAUGAUCCGUCACUUCCAGAUGCGGUGGCCCAGCACGCCGCACAGUCCUAUCCGGAGCCCCGCCCAACACCUUACUACCUCCUCCCAUACCACCUAGAUCGUCUGAUCAACGCAGCACAACACUUCAACUGGCAUCAUGCUCUCCAAUUCCUCGAACAAGAUCUCGAGAGCUUCACUUCCGCCCUCGACAGCUUCAUUCCUGACCGCACAAAACCCUGGCGCCUUCGCAUCGUAAUCGCGAACAAACCAGACGCGGGGUUGACAGUCGAUAUAAACCCAGCAGCCCCAAUUGACCCCCUCCAGCUCCUCCUUCCCUUUGCGACCGAUGCAACACAACAAUCGACCCCAUGGCGCGUCUAUGUGGACAGCCAACCCACUGUCCCAUCUGCAUUUACCACCCAUAAAACCACAGCGCGGGAAUACUACACAGCCGCGCGGCAUCGCGCAGGGAUCAUGUCGCCUCAGGAACAGGCGGAGGUACUAGUGGUCAACCCCGCGGGCAAGGUUAUGGAGGGGAGCAUUACAACCCCAUAUUUCCGACGGCGGGGAGGUUCUGAUAAUCAAGAUAACCCUGAUAACCGUCUGGGAUGGAUCACGCCGCCACUAUCUUGUGGCGGGAAUGCGGGGACGACGAGACGGUAUGCGCUGGCUCAGGGAUUCUGCGCUGAGCAGGUGAUUUCGGCAUCGGAGUUGGUUGAUGGUGAAGAGUGUUGGAUCAGUAAUGGAGUCAGAGGGUUUAUCCGUGGGGUAGUUGUUCUUAGACAAUAG